AUGCGGUUGAUUUCUCUGUUUGGUCUGUCAGAAACGAAUAUGGUCGAUUCAUCUUUGGUCAACAGUAAUUGCAAUUCGCCAUUUGAUCAGCAUGAACUCCAGGCAAGGAAAAGACUGCUCUCUCCAUUGAAAAAUGUGCUCCCUAAACAGUUCAAUGGUGAUGUGCUCAAUCUUUCUUCUGGUGAUUCUAGAUUUAGGCGUUCUGAUUCAGCCGAUAAACUAUACAGUACUGGCUCCCAAGAUAAUAAAAAAGCCAACACAGGAUGCCUCAAUUCUUUUGAAACACGGGAUACUCCAACCUCUAGGUGCUCCAGCUGGAGCCCAGAAUGGGAUGUUACUAGGAGCAAUUCUAAUUCAUUCACUGAUGGUCCUUUACUUGGGAGCAAGGAUUCUGUAUCCUGUUAUGAUCAUCUAGCAGCUAGUGCACACUCUCCGCUUUCUCUGUCUCCUCUCAGCCCUAAAUAUAUGAACAAAAUUAAGGUGACAGGAUCUCAAAGAUCUAUAAUGAAAGAUCUUGAGAAUGACUUCCUAGAUUUAAAGGAAACUGGAGGUUCUGACAGAGCUAGGAUGCAGGAGGUAUCAGAAGGAACUAACUUGUUACAUGAUGAACUUGAAGUCAUGACACCUAAAUGGAGUUCAUUGAGAAGAUAUAGAAAUUGGGGCCCUGAAUCUUCCUCUACAUCUCCCCCGACCUACAUCUCCUCUCGAAUUGGUUAUGGUGGGGAGUUUGUCUUUGCAUGUAAGGAGACAAUUGAUGGUUUCUUAGCUGUUCUAAAUGUCACUGGUGGUAGUUUCUUCCCCACAACUCAGAGACUUCCAUUCUCAGUAACAAGCAUCGAUGAGGAUAGCUCCUUAUUGUACUAUUCUUCUAUUGAUCUUGCCGGGAGGUUUCCUUCGAAUAACAGCAAAAGCCCGAAGCUCCAAAGAAGCUACAGUAAUAAUGAUUCGCGAUCAGCAAAGAGUCGUUCGCGAUCCCUGUUAAGGAGUCGCAUACAACUGGUGGUGAGCAACCCAGAGAAGACUCCACUUCAUACUUUCUUCUGCAACUAUGACUUGAGUGACAUGCCUUCUGGAACCAAGGUUUCAUCUUUGUUGCAGCUGCGUGUGGAGCAUGAGUUGCCCGCUGAUCCCAAGUACUUUGACAUAAGUAAACUGAUGGCUGAUGCAUGUGCCCCAUGCUACUGCCUGCUCGCUCUCCUUGAUCCGACAGAAUGGGGAAUAGUUCCCCAAUCGUGUUCGUCAUGGGGAAGCAUGGUACACCCGCCAUCUGACCGCGUCCACCGCCCGAGCCGUGGCUUCUCCUGCGAGGCCACAUCGGCCGAGAGGAUCACACGACUUCUCGACUUCUCACUUACAGGUGAAUGGCUGGUGAGUGGCCUCACUGACCGGCCUCAGGAAGCGAGGCAUAUAGCCACGCAGAGGCGGCAGCGGCAGGAGGAGGCGCGGAGGCUCCACGAUUGCCGAGGGAAGGCCCUCGUCCGUCAGGCUCGCCGUGACAGGAAGGCCCUCGCGUCACCGUGCUCGCCGUAA